CUCUCUCUCUCUCUCUAUCUAUAUUUGGCUCUUAUUCAUUGAGCUCGUGCCACCUCCAUUUUUUGCAGCUCCGUCACGGUUGUUCUUCUCUCUGCUCUUGAGUACUCUUCUUCUUAGCGUUUGAUCUGCAGUUUUCCCGGAAAAUCUCUGCUCAGCAGAUCACCCGUUUCACGAGAAAAUGAAGAAGGUGGUGCUGAAGCUGGAGAUACACGACGACAAGGGCAAGAAGAAAGCCAUGAAGAGAGUCUCCGGCCUUGUAGGAGUGGUAUCGAUUGCUGUGAACCCAAAGGACUGGAAAAUGACGGUGACAGGAAAUAUAGACCCGGUGGAAGUGGCGACCAAGCUGAGAAAGAUCUGCUGCACCCAAAUUCUCGAGGUUGAGGCUGCGAAAGAAGAGAAGAAGAAGGAUCCGAAGGAGGAAUUUCUCAAGAUCAACCCAGAUAUCUAUUACCAUCCCCCGCCGUAUCAUUAUGGAUACUAUUCCGGACUCGUACAGGAGGAGGAUCCGACUGGCUGUGUUAUUUGCUGAAUUCCCAUUUCUCCCCAUCAACCAAACCCCACGAGGGGAUUGAUUGACGAUUGGAUCGGCCAGUUGCACUACGCUCCCCCACAGAUAUAAGCCUUCGCCAUCAAGUUGUGUUCAAGUCUGUAUACUUUCCAAUGCUAGCUUAAGUUGUGUUCAAGUCUGUAUACUUUCCAUUGCUUAAGUUUUUACAUAUUUAAUCAUGUUAGAAGGCAUGAAAAUAUCCGGAGCUGAUUCUGAAUUU